AUGCAGCAAUCAAGGAAUAUCUCGCAAAAGAAUGCUAUGCCAUUGAACUACAAUUUGCAAAUAGAUCUAUUUGAUGUCUGGGGAAUCGAUUUCAUGGGACCAUUUGUGAACUCACAUGGAUUUGAGCAUAUAUUGGUGAUGGUGGACUAUGUUUCGAAAUGGGUUGAAGCUAUGCCAUGUCGGAAGGCAUCAACGGAGGAGUCCAUACACAUGAUUAAAUCGGUAAUCUUCCCUCGAUAUGGCGUACCAAGAAUCUUGAUAAGCGAUGGAGGAACACACUUCACGGGCAAAGACUUUGGUAAAUGCUUGAAGAAAUUGGGAAUUGAACAUAGAGUGUCCACGGCUUAUCACCCCCAAACAAACGGACAAGCGGAAACUUCGAACAAGCAAUUGAAGGACAUUUUAAAGAAGACCGUGGUAAAAGGAGGAAAAGAUUGGUCGAAGAGACUAGAUGAUGCACUAUGGGCAUAUCGAACGGCACACAAAACCCCGAUUGGUAUGACUCCUUAUCAAUUUGUUUAUGGAAAAACAUGCCACUUGCCGGUUGAGCUAGAACAUAAGGCGUAUUGGGCAAUGAAGGAAAUGAACUUUGAUGCGGAAGCCGCUGGAAUUAAAAGGAGAAUCCAAAUAAGCAAAUUGGAGGAGUUAAGAUUGAAAGCGUACAAUAGUGCAUCAAUUUACAAAGAAAGGAUGAAGAUAUGGUACGACAAACGAUUACAAAACAAGGAAUUCAAAGAAGGAGACAAGGUCCUACUCUACAAUUCAAGAUUCAAACUUUUUGGCAAAGGAAAAUUACAAAGCAAAUGGGAUGGACCAUACCAUUCACUGAGCCUAGGAAGAAGGUCCCUGCUGGACUAUUGGCAAGAAAGUUGA